UACAAAAAACCAAAAAAAAAAAGGGUAAGGAGCUUCCUUCUUCUCCUGCCCCAAAAAUUCAUCUCUGAUUUUGCAAUCAUCUCAAAUUAAAUCUCCAUUUAUUCAUAAACAAAGGAAUGUGAAAAUGGCGUGAACAGAUUAGCCAAGGUUUUUUAGCAAGUUCUCACUUUUGAAUUAAUCAUCGAGAUAUAUAGCUGCAUAUAGAUAGGUUUCAGAAACUUUCAGUAUUUUGGAUUCAUAAAUAGACAUAACAGAGAAUGGUCGAAAGAUAUGGAGUGUUUUGAAUCUGAGACGUUACCAUGCUGCAGUUCUUAGGUUCUUACCUUUCGAGGUGUUGCGAUCUUGAUUUUAAGCAAUCGGGGGGCCUCGACGAUCCUGAGAUACUUGCACGAGAGACAGUUUUUAGCGUCAGCGAGAUUGAAGCUCUUUACGAGCUCUUUAAGAAGAUAAGCAGUGCAGUGAUUGAUGAUGGUUUAAUCAACAAGGAAGAGUUUCAAUUGGCACUUUUCAAGACAAAUAAAAAGGAAAGCUUGUUUGCUGACCGGGUGUUUGACUUGUUUGACACAAAACACAACGGAAUCUUGGGAUUCGAGGAAUUUGCUCGUGCACUCUCUGUUUUCCAUCCAAAUGCACCUAUCGAUGACAAGAUUGAGUUUUCUUUUCAGCUAUAUGAUCUCAAGCAACAAGGUUUUAUUGAGAGACAAGAGGUAAAACAAAUGGUGGUGGCUACUCUUGCGGAGUCUGGUAUGAACCUCUCUGACGAUGUGAUAGAGAGCAUAAUUGACAAGACUUUUGAAGAAGCCGAUACGAAGCAUGACGGAAAGAUUGAUAAGGAGGAAUGGAGAAACUUAGUGUUGCGACAUCCUUCACUUUUGAAGAAUAUGACCCUCCAAUAUCUCAAGGACAUUACUACAACGUUUCCAAGCUUUGUCUUUCAUUCAAGAGUUGAGGACACCUAAUUUGGGAGUUGUUUUCUGGGAAUCAUAGUUGGCUGAUUCCAUGAACAUAUAACAUUAUGUUUGCUCUUUCCAUUUUCUCCAUGUUAAAUUCGACAUCUUCAUGGUUUAUUAUUCUUUUUUGAAUAGUUGUUUUGUGAUUUAUUUCUAUGAGAUGAAUUGAUAUCGAGUUUCUAUU